AUGGCAAAACAAUAUCAAAUAUUAAAUAUAAUAUUGGUAUUAUUUGCUCUUACCAGCGAGUUAUCAACCAUUGAAGCUAACGACAAAAGAAAUGACGGCGCCGCAUACUUUCAAGGAUCGAGUUCAAAGAAUCAAAUAGGUGACGCAAAAGGAAAAGUGGCAACAUACAAUAAAAAUGAUGGAUCAAAUGAUUUCACUGCCUCCUACAAUGGUACAUUUGAACCCAAAAAGGCUGGUGUUUAUUUCACUGUGGUUGCUGCUCAGACUGGUAGUCCACAGAGAGUUGGUAAAGGAGAUAUUCAUAUGUGGAUGCAACAAAGUGGUAAGAACGAGCCUAACUCAAAUAGUAUACAAUCGGUCGAUUAUGGAAGUACAUCGGUUCUUGUCUAUGCAACAGUUUUUCAAACUCCUGUCGAUUGUACAUUCGCAUUCUUGUAUUCAGCCUUCACAGUUAAUGAAUGUACUUCUCUCGGUUUAAUUGCUACACAACCAGAGCACGAACCAUUGGUUCCCAGUAUUAUAAUAUCGACUGUGCAAAUCAGCGGUGGUACUAACACAAUUCCGUAUGCACAACUAUUCAGCUCCAAAACUCAGUUAGGCAACUCGAACUCCGACGUGGUUAUACUCGAUGGUUCUAGUGCAGUCAAUAAACUAGACAUAACAACAGCGGAAAAACAUGGAAUCAUCAAGUACAAUGAAGCAGGUGUUUAUUUUCUCAUAGCUUGUGCUCAAGUCGGAAGUGCUAAAGAUACUGAUGCAUCGGGUGAAGUUCAUUUAUGGAUGCGACUCAAUGAAAAAGACAUGCCAAACAGUAACACAAUUAAAACUAUUCGCAGUGGUAAUACAGCAGUCCUAGUCAGCCAAACAGUUGUUAAACUUGAAGCUAAAGAUAAAGUUCAACUAGUAUUCUCAACUACAAAUAAAGAACUGGGUUUGAUUGCAUCGAAGCCAAAGAAUGAGCCACUUGUACCUGGUAUAUUAUUUUCAACAUUUCGAUUAUCUAACAAAGAAAACUCAAUUGCAUAUGCACAACUAUCUAGUUCACAAUCGCAAUGGGGCUGUACAACUCCGAAGAUAGUUAAACUUGAUAACAAUGAUGGUUCAAACCACAUCAAAAACAAUAAUGGUGUCAUAGAAUUCGAAGAGUCAGGAACUUACUUUGUGAUGGCUGCUGGUCAAGUUGGAAGUGACGAUGAUAGCGGUGUUGGUGAUGUACGCAUGUGGUUGCGACUAAAUGGUGAAGAUAUGGCAGAUUCCAACACGAUUCAAACAGUAGAAAAAGAUACUGCUGUUUUAGUUUGUCAAACUGCUGUCGAACUCAAAAAGGGUGAUAAACUCGAAAUAGUAAUUGCUACAGAUGUCACAGAAGGUACACUUGGUAUAGUUGCAGCCAAACCACAUAAGGAGUCAGCUGUGCCGAGUAUUAUCGUUAGUGUUUUUAAAUCAACCGGUUCAACUACAAACUCAGAAUGGACAAAACCUGGAAAAUCGAAUGACAAAGAACAUGAUAAUGAAAUAAUUGAUGAUGUCGCAUAUCUUCAAGCAUCCAGUUCACAGAAUCAACUAACUGAAUCAAGUCCAAAAGCGAUCACAUACAAUAUAGUUGAUGGUUUGAACGGCUAUUCUACUGUUAAAAAUAACACAUUUUUAUACGAAAUUCCUGGUUAUUAUUUCACUGUAUAUGGUGCUCAGGUUGGUAGCGCGAGUGGAAAUGGCAAAGGAGAACUUCACUUGUGGUUACGAGAAAAUGGUGCGGACGUUCCUAUGUCAAAUAGUAUACAAACAGUUGAACCAAGAAGUUUAUCAGUACCCAGUUAUGUUUCAAUUAUCAAAGCUCCAGUUGGUCAUGAAGUCACAGUUAUAAUCGCAGCCCACACAUCUAAUAAAUGUAGUUCUCUUGGUUUGGUUGCUGUAGAUGUCAGACACGAACCACUAGUUCCUAGUAUUAUAAGAUCAGAAAUUCAGCUCAGCGAUAUUGAUCAUGCAGUUCAUAAUUUGGUUCUACCCAGUUCAAAAACUCAGUUGGGCUCUUCAAACUCCAAAGCAAUUACGUAUGACCAAGAUCAAUUUACUGGAAUAGGUAUACCAACAGCCAGAUCAGAUGGAUCCGUGAAAUUUAAUGAGUCAGGAAUUUAUUUUGUCAUAUUUAGUGCCCAGGGUGGAAGCGCUGCUGGUACUCGUGCUAGUGGUGAGAUUUACUUAGGACCACAGCUCAAUGGAAAAGACAUUCCAAACAGCAAUAUCAUUCAUAGUGUUCGCAGUGGUAGUGAUCGAGGCUUGAUCUGUCAAACCAUUGUCAAAGCUGAAGUGAACGAUAAACUCCAAAUAGCAUUCUCAACUACAAACGAGGAUAUUGGUUUAAUUGCCACGGCACCAAAGAACGAACCCUUCGUCACCAGUUUGUUAUUAACAAUAUUCGAAUUAGGCACCAAAGAAAAUCCAGUUCCAUAUGCUCAACUAUCUAGUUCACAAUCACAAUGGGGAUGUAUAACUCCGAAAAAAGUUGACCUCAGUAAUAACGAUGGUUCACAUCGUAUCAAGAACAAUGACGGUGUCAUUGAAUUCGAAGAGCCAGGAACAUACUUUAUGAUGGGUGCUGGGCAGACUGGAAGUUAUGAUGGAAAAGGUAUUGGUGAUGUGCAUUUGUGGAUGCGACUAAACGGCAAAGACAUAAAAGAUUCGAACACUAUUCAAACAGUAGAUGGUGAUACGACUGUUUUAGUUUGUCAAGCCGCCAUGAAAAUAGAAGCUGGUGACAAACUUGAACUAAUGUUUUCUGCAGAUGUUGCAAAAGGUAAACUUGGUUUUAUUACCAGUCAACCGGGAAGUAAAGAAAAAGUGCCCAGCAUGGUCUUCAGUGCUUUUAAAUCAAGUUAUACAAAGACUUCUAAACAUUAUAACAAAUAUAACGAAGAUUAA